GGAUGAUGUUGAAAAUGUGGCUUCUGUUGCUUGGCCUUGCUGUGACCUACAGUGAUGCUGCUGGACCAGGCAGCUGUGUGGGUCGCUGUGGUGAGACGUUCACCAGAGGCCAGCAGUGUACCUGUGACUUAAGCUGCCUUCUACAUAAUGAGUGCUGCCAAGACUUCCAGGCUAUUUGCACCACUGCUCAGUCCUGUCAGGGUCGUUGUGGUGAGGGAUUCCAGCGCGGUCAGCUGUGCGAGUGCGAUCCACAGUGCAUCCACUACAACACCUGUUGUCAUGACUACCAGCUACACUGUGAUGCCAGUGUGUCCGUUUCACAGUCCAGGACUUUCCAGUCUCUGAGGGCUGCAGCUUCAGGAAAACGUAAAUCAGAGAAGAGCAGGAAAAGGUCCAACAGUGAGAGCGAGGAAUGGUACACAGCGAGGCGUUCCUGCCCACAGUACCCUGGGGCUCAGUGCCCAGGUACAUUAGGCUCUCUCAACCCACUCCCUGCCAGCUCUUCUGGUCCCACCCCUCCAGUUAUACCAAUCAUUCAACCACAGCAUGGUGUGAGAAACAUCCCUGUUGGUCUACUGCCAAUGUCCAGCACUUCCUCUCAUGGUGGAGCUCCACACUCACCAGCCCCUGGCUCCUCUCUGCCCAGCUACAGUGCUCCGUCUCUGGGCAGCAGUGGUCCCGUCAGUCCCUCUGGUCCUGGAGCUGCUGGUAGAAAUUUGAACGUCCACCUGGUCUUGUCACCUGGGGGAGUGGCUCCAUCUGGGCCAAGUCAAGGUCUCAGUGGCCCAGCAGGCUCCAAGCCCAGACCCAGCACCCUACAGGACAUAGCCCAGGCCUUGGGUCUCUCGCUGGUGGAAGCAGGUUCUGAGGGACCAGGGACAGGACUACUUGCUGAUGUCGACCUAUGCAGUGACUCUCCCAUCAAUGGACUGACAGCCCUCAGCAAUGGGACCAUACUGAUAUUUAAAGGUGAUCUGUUCUGGUCAGUGGACCCUGUCAGUCGCUCAGUCGGUCGUCCACAGAGUAUCACAGACACUCUGGGUGUCUCCUCUCCCAUCGACACUGUCUUCACACGCUGCAACUGCCACGGAAACACCUACAUAAUCAAAGGAGACCAGUACUGGCGUCUGGAUGGGAACAUGGUGAUGGAGCCGGGCUACCCCAAACCUCUGGUGUCCGAGUUCCCAGGUCUGACAGGAAGCAUCAGUGCUGCACUGCCAGUACCAGCCACAAGGAGCAGACCGGAGACUGUGUACUUCUUUAAGAAUGGAGACAUCAUGCAGAGGUUCACCUUCCCAUCAGGCAGCGUUCCACCCUGCAGCAAGACAUCAAGAAGCUCCUUUCAGAAGCGUUUCGCUCGCCAGGCCGAAGUUCUUCUCAGUGGUGAAAUCAACAUCAAAGUGUCUCUGAAGGGAUUCCCCACCCCAGUCACCUCUGCUCUGUCCAUGCCCAGCCUUCAGACGGGUGACCGAUACGAGCACUACGUCUUCUCUGGACCUCUCUUCUUCAGUAUCCAGAUUUCAGGCAACCUACCUUCCCUGGCCAAACCUGACCCGUCUGCAGUCUUCGCACCCCUACCCAUCACCAGCCCUGCUGUUGUCGUGGCAACCAACUCUGCCAACAUGGCAGCUCAGAAUGCUAAGCCUCCCAACCCAGGCCCAGCCAACUCCAUCAGAGUUUGGCUGCGUUGUCCAUAAGAACAUCCUGAAAAGGUUCUUUUCUGGUAUUUUCUGCAUUUCUACUUGGUAAAUAUGUCUACUGGACACAGAGUAGCAAUUUACUAGUUUAAUAAUAUGUUGAUAAAAUGAUUUUUUAUUCUCGGGAAGUGAAUCUUUCUUAAAAUGUCAACUAAAUGCCAUAAAACCUCAAACUUUCCAAAUGCUAGAGAGCAGAAGAGGUAGCUUUUACUGGAGUAAGAACCUUCCUUUCAUUUUCCAUGGCUGUGUAGUCGGUAGAAUUUAUACAUUUUGAAGAAUGGGGCAUUUAUAAUGUGGCUUGAUUGUUUUAGCACUACAGUAAUUGUGUCCCACAGCUACAUCCUGUUUCAUUUAAAAUUUUGUUUUGAAGAUGGAAGCAUGACAGCAUUGUACUGGUCAUUUAAAGCCUUAUGGUAGCCAUCUUAACCCAUUCAAAUAUGUUACAAACACAAAAAAAGUAUUGUAAUAGUGGAGUUCUAUUCUAAAUGCACUCAUGAAUCAUUAGAAAUAUAUAUAAAAAAUACAUUAAAAUACGUUACUAUAUAUUCUUUAAUGUUAAUUCCAAUGGAUAAUAAUGCUUUCUCAUGGCUGACUGAGGCAAGGAGCAUACAUCCAAUCAAAUGAGUUUUUGCAUUUUUACAUCCUAGAAAGUUAUACACAUUGAAUGGACAGAGGAUCUGAAGGG